AAUGACGAAUAAGGAAGUGAUGAUUCGGUGUGCAACUAAAUCAUGGAUCGCUUCAUCUGGGCGAACGGCUUAUUGGAAAUAAAUGAAACGCUUGUGAUCCAGCAGAGAGGAGUUCGUUUGUAUGACGGAGACGAGAAGGCAAAGUUUGAUAUGGGAACACUCCUCCUAAGUACACAUCGGCUUCUUUGGAGAGAUGCAAAGAAUCACGAAUGUUGCAUUGCUAUUCCACUGUCACAAAUUGUGUUUUUUGAAGAGCAAGCAGCUGGCAUUGGAAAAAGUGCGAAGAUAGUGGUUCAUCUUCACCCUGCAUCUGCCAACAGAGAGCCUGGGCCAUAUCAAAGUAGUCCAUAUAACUAUAUUAAACUGUCCUUCAGAGAGCAUGGACAAAUAGAGUUUUACAGAAGACUGACUGAAACUAUGACUCAGAGGCGAUGGGAACGUGUGCCUGCAUCCCAGUUAAUUCAGCCAACAAACACUUCUCAGGCAGGAAGAACACGAGCAGUUGGAAUUGUGGGUAUAGAACGGAAGCUGGAGGAAAAACGAAAGGAAACUGACAAAAACAUUUCUGAGGCCUUUGAAGAUCUUAGCAAGCUUAUGGAGAAGGCAAAAGAAAUGGUGGAAUUAUCGAAGUCAAUAGCGAACAAAAUCAAGGACAAGCAAGGUGACAUCACAGAAGAUGAGACAAUUCGGUUCAAGUCAUACCUUUUAAGCAUGGGUAUUGCUAACCCAGUCACUAGAGAGACGCAUGGCUCCGGAACUCAUUACCAUUUGCAAUUAGCCAAGCAACUGGCACAGAUUUUACAGACUCCUCUUGAGGAAAGAGGAGGCAUGAUGGCUCUGACAGAAGUGUAUUGCCUUGUCAAUCGGGCUCGUGGAAUGGAGCUCCUUUCACCUGAAGAUCUCGUCAAUGCCUGCAAGUUGUUUGAAAACUUAAAGCUACCACUAAGGUUGAGAAUAUUUGACAGUGGUGUUAUGGUGGUUCAACUACAGUCGCACAAUGAACAAGAAAUGAUUACUUCAGCAGUUGAUAACGUGUCAGAUAAGGGGUCUCUUACAGCGGAGGAACUUGCAAAACUUCUUGGCAUCUCUGUCCUGUUGUCAAAAGAAAGGUUGCUUCUUGCAGAAAAGAUGGGGAACCUUUGCAGGGAUGAUUCAGUAGAGGGCCUUCGGUUUUAUCCCAACUUGUUUUGACACAGAAGCAAAAAACUUUUUUUUUUCUUCUCAUUUUUUCUUUUUUUUUCCUGCUGAGCUUUAUGGAAACAGAAAUCUCAAAAACCCCUGACUCUGAACUGUGAUGUACUUCUUGGCUUCAAGUGUCUGUGGUCACAUAUUGCUAGAAAUCGUACCAGCCGAGUAUAACAAACACACCUUAUUCCAGCUUCAGAUAUUGUCUUUAACUCUAACUUUAAACGUAAUUUAAUUAUGGUGCUUAUGUUGAGAAAAUGGAAGCACUGUGGAUUAAAAUCAUUGACUGCUGGAAUAUCGAUAGCUACUGUACUUAAUAAAUUUAGUGAAAAGCGUCCUUCCUUAACCGUAACGAAUACUUCAAUGAUGUGUCACACUGACAAAAAAAAAAAAAAAAAAAUACAAAAGUGCAA